AUGUUCCCCAAGCCUUCUCCCGCAUCCAAAUCUCCCCGGAAUCCUGACCCAAUGGCGAAAAGGAUUGACCCCGAGGCGGAUCAUCUCACCAGUGAACCUCUUACGCCCGUGAUUGCCGCAGAAUCUGCCGCGAACGACGACGAUUUCACUUUUUCUUCCCCAACUCCUGGAUCAAAAGAGCAAAGCGGGCAUGAAUUGACUGGAUUUUCUUUCUCAACAUUGCCGCCUGACUUCGAGUGGAGUUCUUCUCCCGAAAUCGAUCCCACCACGGCACUCUCAAAGCCUCACAAGCGUAAGGCGCAGAAAAGCCCGAAAUCCGCAGAAGGAACAGCUGACGAGGGCUUGCCAACUGCGUGCCCUGCCCCAUUCGAAGACGAUGCCAGGUCGAGAAUGCCAACUUCCGUCUGUAAGCAAGACGAUACAAGCGUCCAAAGUCCUUCAUUUAUGCCCAUGGUUGAGCCACAACCACUAUCUUCUGAAGAGACCGAAUCCCCAAACCAGGCCACCACUGAGAGACUACCCUCGCCCGCUUUUCACGAGGCGGGGGAGCGUCUUGCGAACGGUAGAUCAGACGUGGAUCUUAUUCCCGAUUCUUUCAGCGACCUGCUAGAACAGCAAAUCGCUUCUCAGCUGGAACAGGAUUUGGAACUUUCUAUUGAUUUAGACUACACUCAGAAUAAACAAACACCACGACCGGCGAGCACAGGCAGCAAGAAGCGAAAACGAGGCAAUGUCGACUCUACUCCGAAAGAACGGGGAAAGCGAGCUACUCGCAAUUCAAUCGCUUCGAUGGACAGCAGCAGGGUUGCAAGUCCGGAGCGUAUGAAAUUUGUUGAUCCAAGGGAUAAGGUACCCAUGCGAGAAUCACCAAGUCUCAUUCACUACGGGGAGUCGCCAGAAUCACAACCGAAUGAUCGCAGGCUGCGAAGACCAUCCGAACCGAAGAGCCAGUCGAGAUCUACCAAAGCAAGUGUGUCUAGUUCACAAGCAUGUGCUCAAAGGAGGUCACAACGACUUCGCGGGAAGCUGCCAGCGGAAGAGAUGGAUACAGCAUGUGACAGCAAAAGUGUAGAGAAUGCUGACGACGUUUCGAAGGGGGAACAUGAUACCACUGCUCAGCACACUGAGCUGAAUGACUGUGGUGAAGCACACGAGAGCCAGCGAGACACUAUAGCAACCGGCGACGUUUACAACAAGUAUGGGCCAGAACCUUUCAACGAGUCUAUUUUAGGAUCUCUCAGAUCGGUCCUCGAAUCCAUCCGAGGAGUCUCCUUUGACCGCUCUCUUUUGCGCGAAAUAGAUGAUGUUAUGUUCGAUAUCAAGGUUGAAGCCCACGAAGCUGUAAAAAGGCAUACUAAUACGUGA